UUCGCUACAAGGUGUUGGCAGUACUGUUGUUAUUAUAGCGAACCAUGGCGACAGAGUAGUGUGGUUGUUGUGAACCCGUAAACAAAUGACAUGAAAUACUGUCAGUUUAUGAGUUCACGUUGUGGGGAAACGGUGUAGGAAGUGUUUAUAAUUGAUAGACUUCUGUUGUAAGUGCUAGACAUGUCUACACCAGCAAGGCGGAGGUUGAUGAGGGAUUUUAAAAGAUUACAGGAAGAUCCUCCCACUGGUGUAAGUGGAGCUCCAACUGACAAUAAUAUAUUGAUCUGGAAUGCUGUUAUAUUUGGGCCACACGACACACCAUUUGAGGAUGGCACAUUUAAGUUAACUAUAGAAUUUACUGAAGAAUAUCCCAAUAAACCGCCAACAGUAAAAUUUGUGUCCAAAAUGUUUCAUCCGAAUGUGUAUGCAGAUGGUGGCAUAUGUUUGGACAUACUCCAGAAUCGUUGGAGUCCCACAUAUGACGUUUCAGCCAUACUUACUUCCAUCCAGUCACUAUUAAGUGAUCCAAAUCCAAACUCUCCUGCAAAUUCUAUGGCAGCCCAACUUUAUAAAGAGAACAGAAGAGAAUAUGAGAAGAGGGUCAAAGCAAGUGUGGAACAGAGUUUUUUAGAUUAGUGCUCUCUCCUUUUGACACCACUUAAGACAUUAAUAGUGGCUUAAAACGUUUAUAUAAACUGCAAAGUGCUUGAAUUUUAUAACUGACUCGUUCAGACGUAUUUAUUGUCUCCAGUUUUAUUGAAAUAGUCAAAUAAUUUAACUGAAUGUUGAGUUAGGUUUUGAUUCAUUGUUGAUUUAUUAUUUUAUUUUACUUUACAUGUAUUUACUAAUACUGUAAUUAUUUUUGUGAUCUUUUACGUGAAACUCGUUAAUGGUUUUGUGAUCGUGUAUGUGUCAAUGUUAAUGUAAUAUUUUAACAUUAAAUUCACAUAUGUGUGCCUGAAAAGUGAACAUUAUUUGAAAAAUGUAGAUUACAUCAUUUUGUAACAUGAACAUAUGUUUUUAAUCUUUUGUUACAAUUUCCAAUUUGACUGCUUUAUCAAAGAUUGCUUUGAUUUAUUAGUAUCAAAUGAAUUAGCAGUUUAUUAGAAAAUGAAGUAAAAUUUACUUCAUUGUUUGAUCACAUAAUCUGUAUUAGAUGUACCUUUUUAUCUAAAGUUUAUUAAUAUAAACCUAAUGAUAUAAAAAAUGCUGCGAAUUGUCACUUUGUUGAGCCCUCAUUGAUCUGAAUGACCUAGAUUACUAGAUUGUGCUGACGACCAGAUCAGAAUACAGUUCAGCUGUGGCUCUGUUGUAGUGCUGAAUACCUUCUUCGGAUGCAACUGAAAUCCAAAUCAUGUGAAGUUAAAAAACAUGGUAAUAAAGUGCUGAUACUUCA